CGGCUAACCACAUCUCUCUCUCUCUCUCUCUCUCUCUCUCUCUCUCUCUCUCUCUCUCUCUCUCUGACUUCUCUUCUUUAAAUCAAACGACACACAAGAACCCUUCACUUCCUUCACACAAGCAAUCCUCCCAUGUCUUUUACUUGUCUCUUUUCUCAUUACAAGACCCUUCUAAGCAAGCUCUUUUAGCCUGAUCUCAACUCAAGCCCACCAACUCAGCAUCAUCUAUCAUCUCAACCCCCACCAUGGAAUUCAGCCACUUCGACGACUCGAAAAGCUCCAGCGACGACACGGACCGGUUAGACCCCACCAGCGACGAGAUGGGGAGCGCGGCGAGGUCCUAUGGCUGCGUCUUCUGCAAGCGAGGCUUCACCACCGCUCAGGCCCUGGGAGGCCACAUGAACAUCCACAGGAAAGAUAGAGCCAACAAGUCAAGGCCUUCGAACAACUCAGGCUUCUCUCCGAUCCUGAGCAUAAGCCCCGACGAGAGCUACACGCCCCUCAGAUCGUUCCUCCCUACAUCAACUUAUCCUCCAUACUAUUACGGGUUGCCAGAACCAUCCGCUGUCCACAACCCCAUGUACUUGCCGGCGUUGGUGUGGGGCUCGAGGCCCGAUCCACAUGGAAGAAAUUACAAUGAUAAUAAUCACUUCUAUGUGCGGAGCAAUCCAUCCGAAGAGAGUACUUAUGAUGGAGAGGAGUGGCAGUGGGGGCGGAGCUUACAAGUCGGCCCGUCACAUGUGGUAGAUGACAACAAAGGGAAGAGACCACGGGCCGGAGCCGAAGAUGAUGGGUUGGACUUGGAGCUCCGACUCGGUCACGACCCUUAAAGAAAAUUAAGUACAUUAGACGUAUGUAUAAAUACUGACUUUUGCGAUGAUUUCAGUGCCUCACUCUGUACAGCUUUUGGAUUCGUCCCGAAAACUUUUCGGUGUUUCUUAUGUAAGAGGAGGAGGAGUUGGAAUGAAGUUAUUAAUAAGAGGCGUUUCGCUUUCGCGAUAUCAA